AUGAAUCCCUUGACAGAAGAUCUAUGGGAAAUAAUACUAGCACGAUUACCAAUAAAGGUGAUCAAAUCUUCAAAAUUGGUUUGCAAGCAAUGGAAAUCGAUCGUGGAGUCUCCAUAUUUCCGUGACCUGUUCUUGUCUCUUCACAAAAACUCGCAUUGUUCUUCAUGGUCGCUCAUGUUUAGUUGUUCAACGAGAGAAAUCGUGGCUCAUUACGGAUGUGAUACUUGGGGUCUUCCACGUUCUCUAGGCUUCUACAUCUCUUCUUUCCUAACUAACAAGUUCAAGACUCAAAACGGCAGGUACAAAGCAUGGGUUUACACGGACGACGUUGGGUUGAUUUUGAUCAGUGAAAACUAUUUCUGCGCCAAGAACCGAUCCUUGUACGUAGCUAAUCCUAUUUCACAGGAAUGCGUACGAAUCCCUUCUCAUGCUCAUCUCAACGAAUAUUCACGGCCCUUGGGGAUGGCCACACAAACUAAGAACGGCAUCUUCUUGGGUUACAAAAUUGUUGUGGUCGACUUCCCAGCUAAACCUUAUAGUUUGUCGAUAUUUUCGUCUGAGACAGGCUUGUGGAGUCACAAAACGAACUCGCAUUGUUCUUCAUGGUCGCUCAUGUUUAGUUGUUCAACGAGAGAAAUCGUGGCUCAUUACGGAUGUGAUACUUGGGGUCUUCCACGUUCUCUAGGCUUCUACAUCUCUUCUUUCCUAACUAACAAGUUCAAGACUCAAAACGGCAGGUACAAAGCAUGGGUUUACACGGACGACGUUGGGUUGAUUUUGAUCAGUGAAAACUAUUUCUGCGCCAAGAACCGAUCCUUGUACGUAGCUAAUCCUAUUUCACAGGAAUGCGUACGAAUCCCUUCUCAUGCUCAUCUCAACGAAUAUUCACGGCCCUUGGGGAUGGCCACACAAACUAAGAACGGCAUCUUCUUGGGUUACAAAAUUGUUGUGGUCGACUUCCCAGCUAAACCUUAUAGUUUGUCGAUAUUUUCGUCUGAGACAGGCUUGUGGAGUCACAAAACGGUCCAUGAACAUUUCCCUUGGCGCUAUAAUACGGCCAUCAGCUUGCAUGAAAACAUUCACUGGCUCGCUGGCAUCAGUGACCAGGAAGAAGGUGUUGUAACCAUGGAUCUUUACGCCACAGGUUCAAUUCAAUGCCGUGUUACGCCUUUCCCUGAUUCAGGAAAACAUCCAAGAUUCAUUAGAUCUCUCUCAACUUGUCAAGGAUCUCUCAUGUAUAUGAACAUAGUCUCUGUUUCCAAAGUUGAUGGAAGUCUGGACGUCAUAUCUAACAGGUAG